UUUCUUUACUAAAUUCAUAUUUCAGCUGUAAACUAUUUGAUGCAAAUCACUGCAUACAUUGUAGAGAAACACCGUUACAGAAUCAGAGAAAUUAGAAAGUAGCUUUAUAAAUAGCCUACAUGUGCUCAAACCCUGACAGUUUUAAAUACAUAGCCACAGCCAAGAUCUGACCACUUCGUUUUUAUCCUCACACAGACAGAUUCUUCUAUUAAACAUUAACUACAUGGUCACAACAACAUAGCGUCGAUGUUGCUUUGAGUUGAUCUGAAUGCACGGUAAUGAACUGUAUUUUAAGCCCCGUGUGCUCCAGUUAAAUGUCCCUCAUUUCCCUCGUUUGUCACCAUUUUCUUUUUUUACACAAAUAACGGUGUGUUACUGAGAGGAGUGAACCGGAGUGACAGCGCUCUCUCAUUUCUCAUUGCUUGACUGUCCCGUCUCUGUGGCUAAUAAUAAAACACACACACACACACACACACACACACACACACACACACACACACACACACACAUACACACAUACACACACACACACACACACUGAAUAUAGAUGUUAAACCAAGCGGUCUGAGGUUGAGUGACAGCAGGUCCAGCAUUAUGCAAAUUAGCGGGGUAGUGCGGCGGCAGCGCCGGGCAGAUUAGGACUGUGCUCGGGAUCAGUGAGCCACCGCUCCCUUCGUCUGCAAGAGCAACUAGUGCCUCUGUUUUCCACCCUGAAAACACUCAGCUCACACACUUUGCGUGUGGCUCGGCACGGUUUCCACACGCGCCCUGAACACGUGCUGUGAUAAUAUCAAUCGGUAUUUGUAAUUCCGAGUUGCGACGUAUUGUAACCAUCCACCAGACUGUUUUGACGGGCAUGCGCAGCGCCGCGCGCUCACAAACCCCUCCCCCACUCAGUUAGUUAAGCCAGCGCUAUUUCAAAACCUCACUCACUUUAGGAAAAUAUACUCCUGACCUCCAAUAACCUGUCACACGCUGUCAGAAGACUGUUUCCCCCAUUUGUGCAGGACACAGAGCCGCAGCUGCCAUCCUUGCCUUAUAAUGUAGAGGCAGUGUGGCCGUGCUCUGCUCUGUGCUGUGCUUGGUUUGGGGUUUACAGAGACCGAGCUGUAAGUAGGUCGGGCUGGGCUUAAGCGGCUUAGCUACGUCAGCCUAAGCUGGGAGGAAUUCAUCCAAAGCCCUCCGCGGUAGGCGGGGGCCUAAACGAGGCUGGCCUAGUUAAGCCUGAUUCUUAUUGUGUGCUGCACAGCCUGUUUUUGUUUUGCAACGUAGCUGAGAGGGAAGCCAGAAGUAGUGUAUGAAUCCAUGCACAUGUUAGACAUAGCUUACUCUUGAUUUAGAGAAGAAGAAGAGAAGCCAAAUGAGACAUGCAUGGGAGUUAGACCAGUGGUAGCUUUAUCACCGUGGACCAAGAGAAGCCAGCAGCAGGGACAAGAAAAGACAGGUGGGAAGAGUGGAGAGCCACAGUACCGAGUGUGGUUACCGAGGGGUGACAACCAUAGGCCUGACUUGGUCUGUGUGAGUCCGCUAUGCUAUAAGAUGGCGUCCAGCUCUGUGUUUCUGUCCAGUAUGGUGGGUAAAGCUCGCUCCUCCAACUUCACCCUCUCUGAGAAGCUCGACCUGUUGAAGCUGGUCCGUCCUCACAUCCGCAUCCUGGAGGAGCACACCAACAAGCAUGCAGUCAUCGUGGACAAGAACAAGUGCUGGGACACUGUGGCUGAGCAGUACAACGCCUUGGGAGGGGACAGACCCCAUCGCACCGCUCAGGGCCUCAGGACUCUCUACAAGAGACUGAAGGAGUCAGCCAAGCAGGAAGUGAUGCAGCGGAGACACGCCCAGCCAGAGUAUAGAGCGAGCAUCUCCGAGCCAACCAGGAGAAUUAUGGAGAUGAUCCCUCACCUGUUUCACCAUGUGCCCAUCCACGAAAAGGACCAGGCACUGCGCAGAUUAAUAUACAGCAAGCACAACUCUCCAAUUGAACAUCCUGGCAGCAGCUCUUCUCUGGCUGGACUCCAGGAUUACUCAGCAGCUGUCCCAAGUAUCCCCCAUGAGGUGGUCCAGCUGGACCCUGAAGAGGAUGUAAAACCACCGCCAGAUCUACCCAUCCUCUCCACGCACACAGGGCCAGGGCUGGAUGGAGGCCAGGAGCAGGAGGGGGAGCAGGACUUGGGCAGCAUCCACGAUUACGAAGCAUCCCUGUCUCCCACCCCUUCCUCUGUUAACCUCCCACUCUCCACCUCGCCGCUGCCCUUACGCCACGACCUCUACCCCAAUGACAUCUACCCUCACCACGAGCCCGACAGGUUUCGCCCUUUGCACCUGGCCAAAGAGGAGCACGAGUUGGUGUUAGCCAAUCACAGAAAGGUUGCCUUGUACCUGGAGGAGAAAAGGGAGGGGCUGAAGAGGAAGCAGGAACUGGAGGAAGAACUUCUGAGAGCCAAGAUCAAAGUGGAGAAACUAAGGGCUGCGCGACUGAGACACGGACUGCCAAUUCCUCUAUAACAAGCAUGAACACACACAUUUGUUGCCAGUGUUGGAAAGAGAGAGAAUCUGAGCAGCAAUCACUCUCAUUAGUUUUGUGUUUGAGAGCUGUUUCAGAGCUUGAAUUUCUUUUGGAAACAUAGUGCCUCGUACAGACACUGAUCGCCUGUUUUAAUAUUGAAGGACAGGGCUGUCUUCUGUUGCCAUCAGUCAUCAUGUUGCUCAUCAGGGUUAGAUAUUCAUCAUCAUUCCUGCACUUAUUGACAGCAGAGAUGACAAAAUGUGUAAAUGCUCACAUUACUGACACUGUGACGGGCCAAAACAGGUAAAAUAAAUGUUAAAGUCCAGCUUUUGGAAGGGAAUAUAUGUAGUAGUGACUGACUUGUACCCUGCUGGUGCUUUUUCUCCCAUCUGUAUGCACCAUAUCAUAUCAAGGAGAUUGCUUAGUGCCCUGUUGAAAAUCACCACCUAUUCUGGUGUCUGUAGAAAUAAGACUUAAAAAAUGUAGGCAUUUUAAUUUUGUGAGUUAAGAAAAAAGAAAACUCCAGAUCAAUUGAGAAAUUUUCAGACGUACCAGGAUUUGAGCACAAGUUAAACUUUCAAAGGCCUUAAUGUAUUAUGCUAAUAACGACAAAUUCAGUGCAUCAAGGUCAGUCAGAAAUUGUUUUUGGUUACUGAAUUGGACAGUUGGGUGAACAAAAGAAGGGAGAUGUGGUUUUGGUUUUGUGAUGUUACUGUUAUUUAAAGUAUGUAAUUACAACAUUGAUUCUAUUGUAAUGUUGGUAUAUAAGUGUUGUCAGUUUCUUUUACAGUUUGUCCAUAUGUUUGCUAUUAAAAAGAUGUAAGGUCAGUAUUCUACUGUUGUUGUGUUUAUUACAUGUCAGACAUCCCUGAUAUCAGCUGUUCUGUCUUUUGUCUUAUUUUUAAUAAUUGUUACAGAUGUUAGUAGCAAAGGAUUACAUGGUAACCAAAUAAACGUACA